GGUGCUCCUCCGCGCAAAAGCGCCCAACCCGAGCUAGGCCGAAAUAGAGAAACGGGACGACGCAAACAUUGUGUACACUGUUUUGCAUUAGUGUUAACUCUGCGCGGGGAUGUUCGUAUGAUAGCGCGCCGGUGCACAAAACAACAGUUCGAUGGUGAGGAGUAAGUACGAGGGCGCAGUGCUUCGACAGGUGACUUAUAUACAGGCACAAUCGUGCCAAUUAUAGGAAGACGACAUUAAAGUCGCCCACUAUCAACAUAAUCACGUGUGUGCAAAGUUGACGUUGUUAAGAACUGUAUCGUCAGCGGCAAGAGUGACAUUAUAGGAACUUCUGCUACAACCGUAGCUAGUGUUAUUCGACAGAGAGAUAAAUAAGCGACGUACUCUGUGCGUCCAUCCAUACGAGGACUAUGGAACUGGUGCUUGCACAACUGCCAACGGAUUUGUCAGUAAGCGCGGUUAGUAAUAAGGCGGCCAAAGACCUGCAGGGUCGAUUUGGAGGUCGUGGAAGCUCGUGGUCACGGGAAGAGACGUCGAUUCUGCUAGACGUUUACGAAGUGGAAAUGGCCAAAGAAGAUGCCAACUUCGACAAGAAUUCACCAUCCAUGAUGGUGCCGAAGUUUCAGUCCAUAUACAGAACAAUCUCGGAUGUACUCACACAAAAUGGCUUCCAGCGCAGCCCAAUGCAAGUUCGUGAACGCCUUAAGAGGCUAAAACGAGAUGUUCGUGAACAUAAGCAGGGAGAAUUUACCGCACGCGUAAGCGCCAUAGUUGGCCGUUCGCCUUAUACACGACCGAGCCUGAUUCAACAGGCUGCACUUGGUCGGCCGGACAAAGAGCGUAUUCUCCGAGGUCUUGGUGAUAAGGACCGCCUUGAAGGCUACUACCCGGUGGCGGACAUCAUGGCGGCAGAAAUCUCCUAUCCCGAUGACGACGAACCGACGUCGGACAGCCCGAUCUCGAUGAACGCCGAAGUACCAGAGGGUGCUUCUUCAGAGACCGAACACCAUGAUUCCUCCUCAUCUGAGCAUGAAGAAAGCAAAUCAACCCGAAGUGACAAGCAGAGAGUGCCCAGCUCCAAUGGUCAUAGCCCAACAGUGAUAGCCGCUCCUAAGGAAAAAAGCUCCCUGAGCACGUCGUCGAAUUCGUCGAGCAUGCGAUCGUCGCCCGUGGCCCGUACACCGCCAGACACGCCGACUCCGCAACAUUCGAGCACCGCGCCGUCUCUUCCUACAGGCGCUAUCACGCCUUUGCCUUGUCAUAUUCCAUUGCAUCCGCCGCCCGCACCAUCACAUCAUGUCACUCCCUAUCCUUCGCCAGCGAUAUACGCCACCCUGGAGCAGGCUUACAGGCACCAGCGGCUCUGCAAGGAAGAACUGCACAAUGAUCCGCUACCCCCGGCUCCGCCAUCGCCUGCACCAGCUCUCCCUAUCAACUUGUCACUUCACCAAGGAAUGAUGUUUGGCCUGCCCCCUAACGUGGUCGGCGCACCACCAACGGGUCCGUCGAAGUCACAAACCCCUGUCAUCCAGCCUCCUCAGAGGUCCGUUUCGCCUCAGUGUUCCAGCUGCUCCUACACAGCUCAGGAGCAAAAGAGGAUUCAUGUAUUGCUCCAAAAGAUCAUUACGGAUAACAAGGUCAACGCUGAGAACCAAAUGCUGUUCCAACGACAAAUGAUGGCCCACCUCAACUGCAUUACCUACACAUUACAAGGAUUACAGAGCCUUCAAGGAGUCGCAGCAAGAGUAUCACCCCUCACUCCGCCCGAUUCCUCAAAGCGGUACUCGUUCUCGGAGAGCCACAGUAAUGGCGAAGAUAAUGAUGCCGGCUCACCUGUGUCACCUGUCAGAGACCUUAAUUAAUUAGAGUAGGAUAUCCACCUAACAGGUAAUGAUUACACAUACGACGCACGAACGAAAUCCUAACGUGGGAAGAAAUGUAAUUCAAACUAAUUAGAGUCAUACAUAUUUAUAAACUAAUAAGAUAAAAAGAAAGACCUUUUUCCAUUUUUGGGGCCCUACCAAUACAUUCACGCUGUUUACAAAGACGCUUUCUAAACCUUAACUUUUUGUAGGCAUGUGGCGUACAAGAGUAGCAUAUGCGUGUGUGCAUAUAGAUUGUGAUAAAGGAAGACAAACAGCACGCGAACAGUAACACAUGUUUAGCCCUGCAUCAUCUAUAGGGCUUAAAGGUAAUCGGCACGUAGUUUCCAUGAUAGCUUAGCGGGUAAGGUGUAUACUUGCCAAUCGUUGCAGUGUGGGUUUAAAUUCGAGCAUGGACACACGUUGUCUCGUGCUGAAAGACAGCCGAUCGAUGAAGUGGACACGUAAAGAGAAAACAGACAUAUAUCUAAAGACGUAUAGGAAAAUCACACGAACUGGACUGAGCAACCGAAACCGUCUGUCCGUCCAUACCUUCGUUAAAUGGGCCGUAACCCCCCGCUGUGUACACAUUUAUAAAUAUCUAAUUAACAGUAAUACCAUUAUGGUUCGCCUCCAUGCCCAGUCGCCUUUCGUACUACGAACGAGACGCGCUAGUGGUAACUAACAAUAGGAAAUACAUAUAUAGUCAGUGUUUUAUAUUUCGUCACGUCAUUUGUUAUCUGUGACAUAAUUGUCGUGCCGCUAUGUAGUCGAAUAUAGGCAACUAGGGAGCAAAACGACGACACUGGCGGGUCCGAGUGACAAAAUACGCCCCCAACAAACGAAGCUCACUGGAGGAAAAGAUGCGAUGUUGUUAUAACCCCUAAUCCACCCCCGAGUUAUUCCACACGGCCAUUUUACCCAACCAACCCGUCAGUUAUCGAAGUACAACCAAACUGUAAAAUCGUACGAGAUGUGCGAGCGCCCUCUGUAGACUAUUUCUUAUGAUUUUUAUACGUAUGGGUACACAUAGCUAGCUAGCCAUUAUCAUAUAAAGGCAUGCAUAUGGACAGAGAUCAAUCAAGUUCACUGUACAUUGUAUGGAGCGGUUAAGCGCAAAGAAGGACGAAGUAAGCUAAUAGAUACUUCAUUUGUUUGUGCCUAUACACCCGGAGCGAGGAUAUAUAUAUAUAUAGUUGUUCAGCUGCGCUCAAGUGAUGUGACGAGUAUAUUGUUUACUAUUGGUCUGGUCAGAGGUAGCGUUCUAGAUAUCGCACAUAGGAGAGGUAAAAAAAAGAAAUAUAGAUAUGUGCUAAUUAUAUGUAUGUACAGAUCUAUUAUAUAAACGUAUAUACGCUCUUUUAGGUGAGUUUUACAAGCUACCUUCCUGUUGGAUAGAAAAGAAACGUCUUUUCGGGCGGUUUCUGUGGCAGGCCACUGCUUAGUUUGUCAAAUAUGAACAAUUUUCUUAUGUCGAUGAUCCCGCUUCUAAGUUGCGCUAACGUCGUACGCCCUUCUAACUAUAUUCUUCCCUUUCGGUAGCUGUAAUUAUUGCGAGAUUAAGUUUGCAAAAAAAAACACACACAAAGAAAAACUGUAUCUGUCAAACAAGGUCCAUGUUGUUUCUGUUCGUUCUUAAGCGCGCGAUUUUCUGUUGAAGCUUCUUCACUUUCCGCUACGUUUUUGCUUCAACUGAUAUAGCCGUCGUGAUGUUUUAGCGAUCUCCCGAUUUUAGCCAAUUGCACUAACCGCGCGUUAACCAGCUCAACGGAAAAUUGCGGCGACAUUUACCGAUGAGAAUACUGUGAAAAGAUAACUUCGGAGGGGUCGCCAAUCUGCCGGAGCCUCAUUUCAUACUAUGUCCACUCUCCCAGCCUAAGAUCUUGGGUCGUGCCAUCAUUCGAUCACGACGGCGCCAUGUUCGGAUCGAAACGAUGAACGAUAUCUGUCUAAUUGGUCUUUAUUGUUGACUGAGAUGUGCAACUGAACACGAGACGAUGUUUGCGCAGUUGGUGUAUCAUUCUGUCCCUCUUUUCAUAGAGAUCUUUACUUACUAUGAUCAUUAGGUAGGACAUAUUUCGGCAGAAAACAGGGAUAUAAAAUGUUUAUCAUGUGUAAGGAUCAAGGAGUACAGAUCGUACCUCGGCCAAAAGCCGGCCGACGGAACGGUGUUAGCGCUGAAAAGUUUAUUAGUAUCAUAAUCAUAAUAUCUAUUAAUAAUAAUAUUUUUAAUAUGAUUAUUUUUCUGCUAUGAUUAUUAUUAUUACAAGUAUUAUUUGACAGUAACUUUAUGAAACCGAUAAAGCCGACAAAAAUAAUUUAUAAAAAUGUUUUUUUUUUUUUUUUUUUUUUUUUUUUUUUCGAAUCGUACGCAACAUCGUACGUAGAGAAUGAGACAGGCGAAGUAGUGAUAGAUGAACGAUUGAGAAAGGCUGUUCUAAUAAGAAAAGGAAAAGACAACAGUAUAAGCAGUGAUUAUUACUAAUUAUUAUUAUUAUUUGUAAUAAUAAUAUAAA